AUGAGACCGAUCAAACUUAUGGGUCACGAGAGAUCGUUGACCCAAGUGAAAUACAACCGGGAGGGCGACCUUUUGUUCUCGGUGGCCAAGGAUAACGCCGCCAGUAUCUGGUACUCGUCCAACGGGGAACGUUUGGGCACGUUGGAAGGCCACAAGGGGGUAAUCUGGUCGAUCGAUGUCGACCCGGAAACGUUAUACUGUGCCACUGGUGCUGGUGACCUUUCCGUCAAAUUGUGGAAGGUUGAAACUGGGGAAUGCUUAUACACUUGGGACCUGCCGUCGCCGGUGAGACGGGUGCACUUCUCUCCCGACGGCAAGCGGUUAUUGGCGAUUGCCGACCAAGUGAUGGGCCACGUUGGUACCAUCACCAUCUACGACAUAAAUCGCGAGCAAGGUCUGCUGCAGCUGACGAAGCCUUCGUUGGUGAUCGAGACCGCCAAGGAUGGCGCCAAGGCUACCGUGGCUGCGUUCACUGGUGAUGGCAAGUACAUCAUCGCUGGUCACGACAAUGGUUUUGUUUCUAAGUACGACGCUGUCACUGGUGAACGUAUUGACACUUUCCAAGCUCACGGUAUUCACAACGAAGAUCAAAACAUCACCGUUACCGACGUCCAAUUCUCCCCCGACUCCACUUACUUCAUUACCUCGUCCAAGGACCGUUGUGCUGUCUUGGUCGAUGUGGAAACUUUCGAAAUUCUUAAGGUGUACAAGGCCGAUGCCCCGAUGAACACUGCCGCGAUCACCCCGGUGAAGGACUUUGUUAUCUUGGGUGGGGGUCAAGAAGCCCGUAAUGUCACCACCACUGCUGAGUCGCAGGGUAAGUUCGAGGCGAGAUUCUACCACAAGAUCUUCGAAGAUGAAAUCGGUCGUGUCAAGGGUCAUUUCGGUCCGUUGAACACUGUGGCCGUCCACCCCGAUGGCACCGGGUAUGCCAGUGGUGGGGAAGAUGGUUUCAUCCGGGUGCACACCUACGACAAGACCUACUACGACUUUUUGUUUGAUGCGGAAAGAUCGGAGAGAGCCAAAGAAACUCUCACCGAGGAAGUGGCUGUUUAG